AUGAAACGUACAAGCACUAUUAGUCGUUUGGUCGAGUUUGGUCUUCGUUUAAUCGGCAUGUGGCCGGAUUCGGCUUAUCCGAAUCUCUAUUGGUCUAUGACAUUCUAUAAUAUCGUGGCAGCAGUGAAAAGAGACUGGAAUGAUCGCGUUGUCAGCAAUUCUUAUUCCACUAUGAUGGCAAUCGCGAAUCAGUCAAGUCGUUAUUCUGUCGUGCUAAUUGGCCUUCACUUUCUAACUGGCUUUUCCUUAUCCAUCGGUGCUUACAUGUUUCGCACGAUAAAUACUGACAGCGAAGCUUCCACACGAGAAUUCCCAGUCAAAAUGCAAUUCUCUUUUGUGGUCUCAGAAUCACCGGUUUUUGAAUGCAUCCUUUUUGGACAAAUUUUUUUUCUAAUGUUGAUAGCCCCUGUGGUUGGUAUGAUAAAUGCGUUACUUGCUACAUUGAUACUUCAUGUAGGUGGUCAGGUUGACAUCAUGCGGCAAGCCAUAAUGGACGUACACAGCAACGACAAACUUGAUACAUCUUUAACUGUACUUCGUGAUCUCAUUCAUAGACAUCGAAAGAUUAUUACUUUGUCGAAUGAUAUUGAAACUCUAUUUUCGUUCAUUGCGUUGCUGCAACUUCUAUGGAAUACUUUAAUCAUCUGCUUCUGCGGUUUCAUGAUCAUACUUACUCUCAGUAGUAACAAAGGCAUAAUGGUUUUAAUAAAGUCGAUGUUUCUUUAUACCGUAAAAACAUUAGAAGUUUUUGUAUUCUGCUACGCAGGGGAAUUCUUAAGUUCCAAGAGUAAAUCGAUUAGCGACGCAAUAUAUGAGUCACUUUGGUACAACAUGAUACCAUCCGAUAGUCGGAUUUUGUUGUUAAUAAUGGUGAGAUCUCAAAAACGAUUGACAAUCACUGCAGGGAAAAUUUUUGAUCUGACUUUAGAAGGAUUUAUGAGCGUCAUGAAAGCUUCUGCUUCGUACAUGUCUGUAUUGCAUGCUAUGUACUGAAUCGAAAAAAAAUAUCAUUAGUUCACAGUUUUAAUAAACGCUCCGCGCUAGUGAUAAAUAACCUGUUAUGAACUUUUUCAACAGACACUUGUUACA